AUGAUCCGUAUCAGUGACGCUAGAAGGCUGGUGACUAGACCUCGGGAGCUGGGGACAYAACCACACAUCACUACCACAUCUUCACACAGCAUCACUCUCUCUGACCUGCAAAGUASUACUCAGUACUCUGUCACUGUCUGCACUGUYSUGGAKAAUGGAAAGCAAAGUCAACUGGCUWCAACAGCCCUCACCACUAGAUUCCGACUGCCGACACAAAAUGAGGAGCUCCGGAUUGUUCUGGUCGGGAAGACUGGAGUUGGGAAAAGUGCAGCAGGAAACACCAUUGUGGGGACAAAGGAAAAACCUUUCAAGUCAAAGUUAUCCUCUAUUUCUCUGACAAAAUACUGUGACAAGACAAGAGGGCACGUGGAUGAGCAAAGUGUAGCUGUUAUCGACACCCCAGGUUUGUUUGAUACUACAUUGUCCAAUGAGGAGGGACUGAAAAAGAUUGCUCUGUGCAUCUCUUUCUCUGCUCCUGGUCCCCAUGUGUUCCUGGUUGUGAUCAAGCUGGGAAGAUUCACUGAAGAGGAGCAGAAUACUGUGGAAAUGAUUAAGAGAUUAUUUGGUGAUGAAUCAUCGAAAUACACCAUGGUUCUCUUCACACAUGGAGACCUUCUUGAUGAUGAGGGCGUAACAAUUGAAGACUUCCUGCAUAAAAAUCCAGUUUUGGAAAGUUUAAUUUCUCAAUGCAAUGGGGGAUAUCAUGUCUUUAAAAACAAAGAUAAGAAUCGCUCCCAGGUCACUGAGCUGCUUGAGAAGAUAAACAAGAUGGUCAUGAGUAAUGGAGGGAGACAUUACUCCACUAAUAUGUUCCAGAAGGCUGAGAGAGCAAUUGAAGAGGAGAAGAACAAGAUCCUGAGAGAGAAAGAAGAGAUGAUAAAUAAACUUAAGGAAAAAAAUUUGAAACAAGAGGCUCGGGAGGAAGCGCUUAAAGAGCAGAAUGAGAGGAUGCUGAGAAAAAACAAAGAGCAGAAACGCAGACAUGAGGAGGAACUGAAGAAAAUUGUGGAAGAACYUGCUCGGGAGAAAAUGAUUAAAGAGGAGAAUGAGAGGAUCCAGAAAGAGAAGAAAGAGCAGAGACUCAGGGAGGAGGAACUGAAGGAACUGAAAAUGGAAAAUGAGGCUAAGGAGAAAGAACUAAAGGAGUUGAAGCAAAAACUUGAACGUGAGGCUAGAGCGAAAGCUGAGAAAAAGAUCAGCGAUAAGGGAAAAUGGUGCAGUACUCAAUGAAAAUCUGAAACAAUGAUGUACCAUCUAACAAUGCUGUUCAAUCUAACAAUGCUGUACCAUCUAACAAUGAUGUACCAUCUAACAAUGAUGUACCAUCUAACGAUGCUGUUCCAUCUAACGAUGCUGUUCCAUCUAACGAUGCUGUUCCAUCUAACAAUGCUGUUCCAUCUAACAAUGCUGUUCCAUCUAACAAUGCUGUUCCAUCUAACGAUGCUGUUCCAUCUAACGAUGCUGUUCCAUCUAACAAUGCUGUACCAUCUAACAAUGAUGUACCAUCUAACGAUGCUGUUCCAUCUAACAAUGCUGUACCAUCUAACAAUGAUGUACCAUCUAACAAUGCUGUUCCAUCUAACAAUGUUGUACCAUCUAACAAUGCUGUUCCAUCUAACAAUGAUGUACCAUCUAACAAUGCUGUACCAUCUAACAAUGCUGUUCCAUCUAACAAUGCUGUUCCAUCUAACAAUGCUGUUCCAUCUAACAAUGAUGUACCAUCUAACAAUGUUGUUCCAUCUAACAAUGAUGUACCAUCUAACAAUGAUGUACCAUCUAACAAUGAUGUACCAUGCCCAUCUAUCAUUUGUUUGACUUGAUGACUUCUAAUACUUAAAAAUGUAACUGGU